UAAGCUCCCCUGUUUCCUCUGUUUCCCAACAUUUUGUUGUGGACAAGAAAAUGUCCUCAAGUGUCUGUCAAGGGUUGCAAUCAUGCCUGGAUCCAAGGCUCUUCGAAUCACGUUUUUUGAGGCUGAAACUGGCUCCACCGAAAACCAAAUUUCCUGGCUCCAUUGCUCCUACGUCCUGUUUCACUAACCCUGCCCCUAAUGAGCCCGAACCUAUGCCGUAUAAUGAAGAAAAAAACACCACCAUCACUAACAACAAGAACAACAGCAGUGAUUGCAAACUGAUAGGCAAUCAAAAUACUGAUAUGGGUGGCUGGAGUUUCCUCCAGUCCCUCGCCAAUGCCAAAGAUUCUACCGAGCGUGACAAAAUUUACGUGCACCCUCUUGUUAAGCGUUCAGCUUCUACCCUAAGUGAAAAGAGUCUUGCAAUGUGCACCGAAAGCUUAGGUAGUGAAACCGGAAGUGAAGUUAGCGAGAGCAGCGAUGACAUUUCCUUGCUUUCAUUACAAAAUGUGGUUUGCAAUCCAUCAAAACCAAGGGAAAUUUUGGUGACUAGAAAAAUAAGUCGUAGCAGCAGCUUUCCACCUCCUUUGACAUCCAUUAGCGGUUCAAAUGGUGUUCAAGUCAAGUCUCACCGCCAAGGCGGCCGCCUAGUUCUUCAAGCCGUUACUAUCCCUCCUUGUCAGAGUUACUUCCGUGCAGAAAGAAGUGAGGGAAGGCUUAGGCUUUCCCUUUUGAAGGAUGCUACCCCCAUUUUCGACGAUGACGAAGACGUGGAAGAGGAAGACCAAGAAGAGGUAGUAGAAGAAGAUGAACAUGGUGAACUAGUUUAUGAAGAAAAUGGAGUAGUAGAAGGAGAAGUUGAAGAAGGAGAAGAGGAAGAGUGUUACAGAGGAGGUGAGGAUAUGGAAGAAAACAGUGGGAAUGUUGGAGGUGAAAUUGGGACAGGGAAGUUGCCAAGGCCAAGCAGCUGCAAAGAAAGUGGGCAUGGGCACAAAGGUUUGCUUAAUUGGAAGCCAUUCUUGGUGGCUACUUAAAAGCUAAAAGUUGGAAAAAUUUUCUCAACCCAACGGAGAGAAUUACUCUUGUUGAAUUCCCUAAUUACCCAAUUUUCUCCUUUUCACUUUUUAUUUCUGAUUUUCAGUUAGUAAAAGCUUGAGAUUACCGUACCAUGAAUUUCCUAAAAUAUGCUUAUGGUAGUUAUUAUCGUUAUGGGACCACCUCGUCCUUCCCC